CUGCUUUGCCACUCCCCCCCACUUGUACAAGCCGGAAACUAGUUGUGAACGUUCUUCUACAGCGUCACUGUCAUGAUAGCCUCCGAUUUUAAAAGAAUAGUUCUGUGGCGGAUGUUUCAGACCCACCUGGCCAACACCUGACUGGUUUAUUUCUAUUUCGAUUUUCUUGACGAUCAGACUGCGCAGUUUCCAGAACGGACUAUCGAAAACCGGUACUUCAGCCGCUUGCUCUAUCUUCCGAACAUACUGGGCCGUCCCGGGAGCUAAUUUCUUCCCGCUACUCAGAGUCCUUGGGCCUGAUUGUCGACUGCUAGACCUGGGUUGGACGGUUAAUCCAACAGUUGGGAAUCGGCCGAAGUCAUCCAGGUCAUGACAACGAUUUACCUACGUCUGCCUGAGCAAGGGACCUUCUAUAAGAACGCAAAUCCGUUUGAUUCACGUUAUGCAUUGGCACCCUGUCCCUUCAUACUUAUCAGGCCGCUUUGCCCUCGAUUAUGAUCUCCACCUGAACUAAACUGACCGUCAGCUGGGGUUUCCUCGAUACAAACACGUACACACCCUUCAGACUUCAUAAAACCCGCACCCUUCUUCAACCGAGUGUUUCAACUUUCCACUUCCGUCACUCUCCGGACUAUCGUCAUGAAGAUGUCAACACCAGAAUUGCACCACCACCACCAACAAAUGUCAUUACCGCUGCCUACCCGUAUUCCUGCGGACGGUCAGACGCGAGUUAUAAACCUCGCGAGAGGAGCAUCGGAAGGACUACUUUUCGACUCUCUCCCGUCUUCACCGUCCUGUCAACAAGACCUAGCACAACCUCUCUUAACGCCAGUCUUGCCAGCAACUUCACCUACAACGCCUACCUCUUCAUCCCCUACCAUGUUCCGCUCUCCUGUACUCGAAGUUCCACGAGUCUCACCACCUCCUUCUAUAAGCACAUCUCAUUCUGCGUCAUCAACGGCGUUCUCACCAAUGGAGAGAUCCCGUCGGACGGCCCCACCAUCAAACUCUCCAGCCAUGAAAAUAUACUCCUCUCCCACCACACACAGGCUCCAAGUUAAACUCCCACUCUCAAUUCAACCCGAAAUGGUGACAAUUUCGGCUAAUAAAGGGGCCAAACUAAAAGUUGUUGCCGAUGCAUGGCAUUUGGAAAGCGACUGCCAUUACGAAUGGUUGAUCAGCUUCCCGCCUCAUGACAUUGAUAUGUCAAGGAUUCAAGCUAAAUUUGAGACAGACGGUCAUCUUACGAUUGAUGUUCGUCGGCGGCGGCGGCAUACCGUGUAAAUCCGCCACCUUUGCCAUUAUAUUUAGGACUUAAUUAUUGCUUGGCGCUUAUAAUAUUGCGAUACGAGCUCGACGCUCAACAGUGCUACAAGUACAUUACAAUCUGUAUCACUAGAACAAUUUGUAUACCACUACAUCACAUUGACAUCACCAUGCAUUACCCACAAUACCAUCAGAGUUGAUAUGGUUUCUUGUCAA